UUUUUUUUUUUUUUUUUUUUUUAUAUUUGGUGGAAUAAUUUGAAUUUUUAAUGUUGUUUCAAUGACGAAAAGAGACAGAUUUUGAUGUUUCUAUGUUCAGAGAAAUGUCAAAAAUCUCUUCUUUUUUGUGAUAUAACUGGUACUAGAAGGUUAUGGGUUGAAGUUUUUGGAAAUAAGUUUUUGUAGAAAUGUAAGUAAGGUUUCGGGCCCUUUCAUGACGCUGCUCAGGAGCUUUAAUGCACCAAGCUGCCCAAAAACAAGAUCAAUCAGUUUUAAUUUUCAAAAUUUGGUGAUGUUGAAGAUGAACAUGGACUUCUCUGACUCUACGAAAAUUGUGUAUGAUCGAAUUCAGAAACUAGAGCCCGAAAAUGUGUCUAAGAUCAUUGGUUAUCUUCUCUUACAAGAUCAUGGUGAGAAGCACAUGAUUAGAUUAGCCUUUGGCCCCGACAAUUUUAUCCAUUCGUUAAUUAACAAAGCUAAGAAUGAUCUUGGAUUAUCAUCCAAACUAGCCAUUUCUGGUACUCUUUCACCUCCCUUGGUCAAUGGAGCAUUAUCUGUAGACGUUCCCUUGAAAUUUGAUCCAUUCUCACUAGCUUCUUCACCACGCCCCUUUCCAACUCUUCGAGUUGGAAAUCCCUACUGGGAGCCUCAAGGACCUGCUGAAAAUCGUCCAAUUCAUACCUUGGAUCUUUUGCCAGUGGGUUGCUCCGAUCCUAUGAUCAAUGAACGCCAAUUCCCCAACCAACUUCAGUUCUUAUCUUUGGAUGGUCACUCAGACCAUGUUAGUUCAGAUUUCUCUGUUGACCACUAUUUCCCUGGACCUGCAUUAGGUCCAAGAUCGAGUCGAAGGUCUCCAAGCUUACCUGAGUUUCCUUUUAAGAUCUGUCAUUACUUUAACAAAGGCUUUUGUAAGCAUGGAAAUAACUGUAGAUACAUUCAUGGCCAUUCAACUCCGGAAAGCUUCUCCCAAGUUUUCAACGCAAAUUCAAAUGAAGUAGGAUCUGAUGAACAUGUCUUCUCCCCUGGAUCUCUGGAGAAACUAGAGAUUGAGCUCACUCAGCUUCUCAAAUCCAAAAGGGGUCUCCCUGUUUCUAUUGCUUCGUUGCCUAUGUUGUACUAUGAGACGUUUGGCAGAACACUUCAGGCCGAGGGUUAUCUCACAGAAAGCCAAAGACACGGGAAAGCUGGAUAUAGCCUGACUAAACUCCUCGCUCGUUUAAGAAACAGCAUUCGUGUCAUCGACAGGCCUCAUGGACAGCAUGCCGUUAUUUUAGUUGAGGAUAUUCCAAAAUACAUGGAAUGCAAUGGAGAAAGAAAUGAACAAGGUGCAAUUGUAGCCGGUUCUCGCCAGAUUUAUUUGACUUUUCCGGCUGAAAGUACCUUCAGCAAGCAAGAUGUUUCCAACUAUUUCAAUCAAUUUGGACCAGUCCAAGAUGUUAGGAUUCCUUGUCAACAGGAGAGAAUGUUUGGAUUUGUAACUUUUGCUUACCCAGCAACAGUUAAGCAGAUCCUGUCAAAGGGGAAUCCUCAUUUAGUUUGUGGAGCACGUGUUUUGGUGAAACCUUACAGGGAAAAGUCCAAGCCUGUAGAUAGAAAGUGCCAGGAGAAAGCUUAUCAAGCUUCCUAUUUUAAUCCGUCUUUCACUGAUGCACAAUCUGAGCACCAAUCUUCACAUCGAGUAUGUGAAAAUGCAAGACUAUUGAAAAUUGAGUUUGAGAAGCAACGUUUUCCAGAGUUUCAACAUCAUCAAAUGCGCGUUGGCUACUCAGUAAAGGUUUUGAAGCUUUCUUCAGAAGGCCAUAACGAACAACUAGAGUUUCCAUCGGAUGAGGAUUUUUCUGACAUGCUAGAUGUACGGAACAAUGGUUCCACCAGCGACGACGAAACUAGGCACGUUGAGAUGAAUCACUGUGACCAAGAAAGUUAAUCAGUUCUUUCGGAUCUUGGCAGUGGUCAAGUAUUGUAUUCUUCCAGAUAGCCCUUUUACAUUUCCAAUAAGGAAUGGCAUUUCAACUACCAUUUAGGUUCAGAGACACACACAAGGAUUACAAAGAGUUUAAGAGGACUUGUUUUUUGGAAUAGCAGUUCAUUGGUUCGACACACAAAGUACUUUUCUUCCUAUAUAUUUUCCAUAAAAAACGGUAGUACUAAUUAAUAUAGUUGCUCAGUUGCCUGCAAGAAGUUUUUUUUUUUUUCCUUUUUCCUUAGGUGGACAUCAUGAGAAAAUGAUAUAGAAAAGGAAUUCCAACUUUUAACAAGAAGUUUCAUAGGUUUUAUGGUUUGAUCUGAAGUUAAUGAUAGGGAGCAUGCAAGCUUGAAGUUAAAGAUGUAAUUAUGGUCUCUUUUAAAGAAAUGAUGGAUAGGUGCAGAUGUAGCAGAGUUUGGUGUCCAAUGUAGAGCUCUCUGCUAUUAAACAUAAAUGUUUAAUGUUGCUAAGUGCUAACAAUAAAGUUAUAAUACAUAGUUUUCAUUUCAA